AACAUUUUUCAAGUACUUAGAAGAUUUGAAGUUUAACACUUCAACCGAAGUGUAGUGACGAGCCUUAUCUCAAAAGUUCUUCUUUUGCAAACACUGUCCAAUUUACAAACUCUCCACCUCACAUAAUGGUUUCAAAUUCAAUGUUAAUGGCUUCUUCUCUGCAUUCACCUUGCACCCUCUUCAGUUCCCACAAGCUUUGUUCUUCUUCGAUCAAAACCAUCUCAAAACAAAGCCACACAUUUCUCCAUAGAAAUCCCUCUCUCCAUCGCCCUUUGAGUUUGGGUUCCAAAAGGGUUCUUCCUUCAGUUUGCUUCUUUAAUACUGGAGACAAAUCUGACUCCAAGGAAUCGGGAUGGCCUAUUCUCAGGCGAUGGGAGGUGCCUUGGCAAUGGCAAACAGUUUCACUGACCUCUCUUGCCUGUGGAUUGGGGUGUGUUUUGAAUAGCUGUUAUGAUUUCAUAUCAAACUUGAAAUAUUGCAAAUGUUUGACUGAAGCAAUUGCCUUACCAUAUCUCGGGAUCAAACCUGAUGUGCUAAGUUUAGAUGACAAGGCAGAGAUACUUUUAUUCGAUCAGAGCAUCACAACUGCUGUUGUACUUGGAAUCAUAUAUAGUGUUGCCAACACUUUCCAGCCACUUCCUGAAGACUUCUUCAAAUACGAUUUGAGGGAACCUUUCAAUCUUCAAAAGGGUUGGCUUUUGUGGGCUGGAAUUGGACUUGCUGGUGCCAUACUUGCCAUUUCAUUGACCGGAGUUGCUGUGUCUUUCUUCAAUGGAGAAACCCCACAAAGAGAGACUGAUGCUCUUGUUCGCUUGCUUCCGUUAAUUGGAUCUUCAAAUCUCAGCACUGCCUGCUUGGUGGGCAUCACAGGUGUUCUUGCUCCACUCCUUGAGGAGACUGUUUUUCGGGGAUUUUUUAUGACUUCCCUCACUAAGUGGGUUCCUACGCCAGUUGCUGUUGUCAUUAGUGCUGCUGUUUUUGCCCUUGCACAUCUCACUCCUGGAGAAUUUCCCCAAUUGUUUGUUCUAGGGACUGCUUUGGGGUUUUCAUAUGCUCAAACUCACAACCUUCUCACUCCCAUCACUAUCCAUUCUUUUUGGAACUCAGGAGUUAUAUUAUUUCUUACUUUUCUGCAGCUUCAAGGGUACGAUAUCAGAGAAUUAUUGCAGGCAACUUGAUGGAAAAAAUUUCUCCUUUGCAUGGAUGUGGAGCAUCAUGUACAGUAUAUAAUACAAAUCCAUUUCUUUGCUUAUCUGCGCUCCUUUCCGUGCUGUAAAACAUAAUCAGAUUGUUCUUUGGAACAGUGAAGUAGGUAAUAAUAAUUUACCAUGACAGUUAAAAUAUGCUAUGCACUUAAAAAUUUUCAGAGGCCCUGGUUGACAAGAAAUAGGGCUUCGUUUGGAUAUCCAAUGUUGAACAGAGUAGAGGAGAUCAAAAUGGAAUAGAAUAAAUGCAUUAUUCUUUCGGGUAAAAUAUGUUUCUAGUUUUUGUAUUUUUGGUAAAAUUUAGUUUUAGUCUUCAAACUUCAACUUCGAUAAAUUUGGUUUCUGAACUUUACUAAAAACAAUAAUUUCCAUCACUUCUCAUAGUGAAAACCAUGUGAUGAGGGACGGAAAUCAUUGUUUUUUUUUUUUUGAAGUUUAGGGAUCAAAUUGAUUAAAGUUAAAGUAUGAUGACUAA